CAUCCCAAGCCCCCACAGCCCACGCAGGAGACCAGACGUGAGCCGAGAGAGACUCCGACAAAUCAUUGAAAGCUAAUCCUCGGUCGCUCGCUCUCUCCCUUUCUUCUCCACCGAGCUCCGUCCGGCUCACGAGGGAGCCCCGGCGGCCAUGGCGCCCGCUCUCUCCUCCUGGCCAUGGGCGAGCCUGGGCGUAUACAAGUACUUCUUGCUGGCGCCGUUGGCGUGGAAGGCGGCGCAGGAGUGGAGGGGGAAGCAGGGCGGCGGCGCGGUGCUGCCGGUGGACUCGUGGUGGCUGCACCUGCUGGCCCUGUUCUGGGCCCGCGGGCUGACGUACCAGUUCUGGUACUCGUACAGCAGCAUGCUCUUCCUCACCCGCCGCCGCCGCGUCGUCCCCGACGGCGUCGACUUCCGACAGGUCGACCUCGAGUGGGACUGGGAUAACUUCCUGCUGCUCCAGACGCUGAUUGGUGCCGUGGUGGUCAACGGCCCGCUGCUCCCGGGCCCGAAGCAUCUCUCGCUGUGGGACCCGCGAGGGCUGGCCAUCGUUCUGCUGCUGCAUGUGGGCUUCUCAGAGCCCGUGUUUUACUUGGCCCACAGGGCACUGCACGGCGCCUCGCUCUUCCGCCAGUACCACGCCGCCCACCACUCCUCCCGUGUCACCCAGCCAUUGACAGCUGGAUUCGGCACACCGUUGGAGGCGCUGCUGCUGAUGCUGACGACGGGGGUCCCACUGGCAGGGGCCUUCCUGAUGGGGAGCGGGUCCAUAGGCCUGGUGUACGUUUACCUCCUCGCGUUUGACUAUCUCCGGAGCAUGGGAUACAGCAACGUGGAGGUCAUUUCGCACAGGGUCUUUGAGGCUUUGCCCCCUCUCAGAUACCUCAUCUACACCCCGUCGUACUUGAGCUUGCACCACAGGGAGAAGGACUCCAACUUCUGCCUGUUCAUGCCCCUCUACGAUCUCCUCGGCGGCACCCUCAACUCUAAGUCCUGGGAGCUGCAGAAGGAGACCUACCUAGGGAAGGAGGAGAGGGCGCCGGACUUCGUGUUCCUGGUGCACGUGGUGGACAUCAUGUCGUCGAUGCACGUGCCGUUCGUGCUCCGGUCCAUCUCGUCGGUGCCGUUCGCCAACCACCUGGUGCUGCUGCCAUUCUGGCCCGUGGCCGUCGCCUACAUGCUGCUCAUGUGGUGCUGCUCCAAGACUUUCCUCGUCAGCUUCUACUACCUCCGCGGCAGGCUCCACCAGACAUGGUCCGUGCCCAGGCACGGCUUCCAGUACUUCAUCCCGGCCGCCAAGGACGGCAUCAACCGCCAGAUCGAGCUCGCCGUGCUCCGCGCCGACCGCAUCGGCGUCAAGGUCCUCAGCCUCGCCGCACUCAACAAGAAUGAGGCGCUGAACGGAGGCGGCACCCUGUUCGUGGACAAGCACCCUGAGCUGAGGGUGCGGGUGGUGCACGGCAACACCCUGACGGCCGCCGUGAUCCUGAACGAGAUCCCCAGCAACGCCAAGGACGUGUUCCUCACCGGCGCCACCUCCAAGCUCGGCCGAGCCAUCGCCCUCUACCUCUGCAGGAAAAAGAUCAGAGUCAUGAUGCUGACCAUGUCGUCGGAGAGGUUCCUGAAGAUCCAGAGGGAGGCGCCGGCGGAGUUCCAGCAGUACCUCGUGCAGGUCACCAAGUACCAGGCCGCGCAGAACUGCAAGACGUGGAUCGUGGGGAAGUGGCUGUCGCCGAGGGAGCAGCGGUGGGCGCCGGCGGGGACGCACUUCCACCAGUUCGUGGUGCCGCCCAUCAUCGGCUUCCGCCGCGACUGCACCUACGGCAAGCUCGCCGCCAUGAGGCUCCCCAAGGACGUCCAGGGCCUCGGCUCCUGCGAGUACACGAUGGAGAGAGGGGUGGUGCACGCGUGCCACGCCGGCGGCGUGGUGCACUUCCUGGAAGGGUGGGAGCACCACGAGGUGGGCGCGCUGGACGUCGACCGGAUCGACGUCGUCUGGAAGGCGGCGCUCAAGCACGGGCUCACGCCGGCGUGACCGACCCCGGGCCACACAUAUAACAUGCAGGUGAAGCACAGGAAAAAAAGAGAGAGAGAGAGAGAGGAACGAAUUUGCGUAUGUGCCGGCCGGCUGCUUGAUCGAUCAACCGCGACCUCCCCCUUCCCUCCCUCAUAUCUUACUCGAUCCAUUCUUGUCAGAUGCAUCGAUCAAAUACUACCGUUUUGACAGGAGAGUGAAUGAGUGAACGAAUGAAUUGAUCGAA